CAACCCCCACCCAUUCAUUCAAUUUUGGGUAAUCAUCAAUCAAACGUCGUCGGUGCUCAGAUUUUUAUUUCUAAGGCAGGAAAAAGAGGAGACGACGAUUGUUUUUCGCUUCUUUCUAUAUUCCAUCCACAGAAUCUCUCUCUCUCCAUCUUCACAAUCCCUGAUUUUCUCACCGGAUCGAUCCGGAUUGUGUUUGUUUUUUUGUUUCUCUGGAAAUUAAUAAUCGGCGGAGGCUCCGAUGGACGAGUUUGGUGUUCUAACGGAGCGUUACGGGAUCAAGCCCCAAGGCAAAUCUGCUCCAAUGGCUGCCUCCAAGCGUUCUUCUCUCAACACUCCCAGUCCCCAGACCUGGAAAUCCACCACCACCACCACGACAUCCUACUCCUCUUCAAAUAAGGCAUCCGGUACCAACGGAUCUUCUUCCUAUAACACCGACGACAUUUUCUUCACCUCGAGCUCCAGUACUAGUAUGAAUGGCGCGAGUUCUGGUGGCGGAUUCGACGAUUUCGAUGUUUUCGGCGGGCUGAACAAGACAUCUUCUUCAGCGCAGAGUUUUAAUAAUAAUAAUAAUAAUAAUAAUAAUGCUCAUCAUGACUUGUUUGGUGCAUCGAAUAAUAAUAAUGAUGAUGAUAUAUUUGGGUCAUUCUCUUCGUCCACCAAGCAAUAUGCUCCCGUUGAUGAUCUGUUGGGUGAUAUGGCUGGAUUUGGUCUCAAAUCCAACAACCUCAACAAUUCAGCCGGUUUGGGGAAGAAUGGUUUUGAUGAAUUGUUACCUGGUUUUGGUCCUCCUUCUCAUACCACUCCCAGCAGCAAGACUACUGCAUCAAACUUUGCUGAUGCUGAUGACCCUUUUGUGGUUCUGGAAUCAACUAUCUCCGGCGCGCAUUCUUCUUCUUCUGGUGUGUUCGUUGAUCCACUCGAUGCAUUCGCUGCUUCUGUCACUUCUCAGACGAGAAAACCAUCUAAUACCGCCUCUCAGCCUUCUACGAAACUCAAGCCUCCGCCAAAACCGACUCAAAAAGUCAACAGAGCUAAGAGUUCAGUCAUGUCUUCCGGAGACGAGCUUGGCGACUUUGCCAUGGGUGGUACCAUGCGCCGUAGUGCCUCAGCCUCUGACGCUGCUAGUAAAUAUAGAGAAGCUGAAGAGACGAAACAACAGUUUGGUGUAGAUGACCUUGACUCCUUCUUCAGCUCUGGGCCUCGCUCCAGCAGUGUACCGAAAUCACGGACAGCAACUGAAGUAACUCCCAAGCCAGCAGUCAACGUGACAAAAAAGACGACUAAUGGGGUUUCUAGUGCAAAGAAGCCUCCUUCUCCAGCAAAUCUAGUGGAUGACUUUUCUGCGCUUUUUGGAGAGGAUCCUAUAUUUAAAGAAUUUGAGGAAAUCCCAGGGGAGACCGAAGAACGAAGGAAGGCCAGGUGGGAUCGUGAACAGAGAACAAAGAGCCGUGUGGCACAGGCUGUAGCUGAUAUGAACAACCGUGAUCAUCAAUCUCGGAUUGAACAAGAACAGAGAACUAGAAUUUCUGAAAGUGCUGAUGCUGAGAUAAAGCGUUGGGCAACUGGAAAAGAAGGAAACAUGCGUGCGCUGUUAUCUUCCUUGCAAAUCGUGCUCUGGCCGGGAUGCGGUUGGGAGGCUGUCUCUCUAACAGAUUUGAUCACUUCUUCAGCAGUCAAGAAAGUGUAUAGAAAGGCAACGCUGUAUGUUCAUCCCGAUAAAGUUCAGCAGAAAGGAGCCACCCUUGAACAGAAGUAUAUUGCCGAAAAGGUUUUUGACAUUUUGAAGGAAGCUUGGAACAAGUUCAACAAAGAGGAGCUCUCGUAAGCCUGUUUGGGAUCUAGUUACCCCCCGCGAGUCCUUCAUUUCAGGUUUGAGAACAGUUUCCUUCCAGUUGACCUUGAAAUCAGGAAUGAGUACGCACAGCAAUUGUUGAUUUAGAGGUAGAGAAAAGACUUGAAGAGACUUUGGUACCUGUUGUUUGUGUCUCGUUUGCUUAUUAUCUUUACACAUAAUCAUCUGCGAGUUUCCUUUAGUCUUGUCAUGUUUUUUAUCUUCUUUUCUCACAUUUUUUUCUUUUACAUUAACUCGGCACCUUUUCAUUUUGUGUACAACAAAAAGACCAUGGGGGGAUAUUGUAUAGCCCCAAAAGAACCAAUUUUUCUUUUAUGAAUAUAUGUCGAGUGUUAUUCUUA